AUGAAGGCAUCAAGCUCCACAGAAGGGUUUUUCCAAGCCCAGCCGUUAAUUCAACCCCAGAUUGAAGAAGAUGGAGUGCUUCGCCGGAUCAUAUCUUUGCAUCUGCCAUCACCUCUGCCAUCGAGUCUAGAAGAGGACUUUACUCGAUUUUCUAGGCUGGUGAUAUCUAAACCAGUUCUCGACUAUGCUGCUGAAGCUGAGCGUAAUCAGCCAUACCUGAAACCACUGUCUACCUUCGGUAUUGAGAAUAAACAGGAUUCACUGGUGACUAGCGAAGGAUGGCGUGCACUACAAGACAUCAAUAUUAGAGAAGGUCUAGUGGGACUUGCCCCUGAGCCUGGAUGGGCUGUUAAUGAUACAAAGUGGAAUACCCGAGUGUCCAAGGGUAUCAAGUCUCACCUUUGGACUCCAAGUUCGGCAAUGGUGACAUGUCCAGGUAGCAUGACGGACGGUGCCGCAAGGCUGCUUAGCAGGCACCUUGAUGGCGAAAACGGUCAGAUAUUUGCCGAGGCGUUAAAAAGGCUUACCAGCCGUGAUCCAACUAUCGCUUGGACGAGUGGACAGUGGAUGACGGAGCGCAAAGGGGGAAGUGAUGUGCGCGGGACAGAAACUGUUGCUCGUAAACUCACUCCUCAAGAGAUGGAAGAGGAUGCCGGAGUCGAUUCCGUUGGUAUGCCAUUGGGUCCUUGGCGACUUGACGGGUUUAAAUGGUUUUCUUCAGCCACGGAUGCAAAUAUGUCCAUCAUGCUGGCCAAAACGGGGGAGAAUUCUAUUAGUGCCUUCUAUGCACCGUUAAGAAGGCAGGUUCAAGGGAAAGAUCCCAAGGCAAGCGAACUAAACGGCGUCCGCAUCCAGAGGUUGAAAAAAAAAUUCGGCACAAAGGCCCUUCCUACUGCGGAAUUGGAGAUAAAGGGAAUGAGAGGCUACCUUGUCGGCAAAGAAGGCCAAGGGGUGAAAGAAAUAUCAACCAUUCUCAAUAUCACCAGGGCCGGAAACUGCAUUGCAUCAGUCGGCUACUGGGGGAGGUCAUUAGCAAUUUGUCGAGCCUAUUCUAAAGUAAGGGUGACAAGUGGUAGGCUUCUUCAAGAUACACCUUCAUACAUCAGAACGCUGGCAAGAGACCACGUCAAAUAUGCAGCAAGCAUGCAUCUGACAUUUUUCAUUCUUGCACUCCUUGGGAUCUCUGAAGGCGGCACUAUCUCUUCCUGUAUGGCGGCACAAGUCAAUAUAAUACCACAGGAUAAAAAUCACACCCUUCAAUUGAUCCGCCUUCUCACACCUAUGGCAAAAGCAAGAACCGCUCUCCGUGCUAUUAAGGGGGUGCGAGCAAGUAUGGAGAAUCUUGGUGGGAUCGGCUACCUCGAAAACGAAGACCCUAUCCUCAACAUUGCUAGGAUUUUCCGUGAUACUUGUGUCCUCAGCAUCUGGGAAGGGACUACGGAGGUCAUGGCUGAUGAUCUAAUGCGAGUUGUGAAAGGCAGACAAGGCCCUGACUGCUUGGACGCCCUGGAUAAAUGGGUGUCCUAUGCUCUAAAAGUAGCCAGGUCACACUCAUUUGACAAAGAGGAGGCCGUUCUCCGGCAGCUAUGGGUUGAUUUCUUAUCUGAUGUUCGAUCAAAAGGCAGAGAAGAACUCAAUUGGUAUGGCAGGAAGUGUCUGAAAGUUUUAGAGCGGCUUGUAUGUGGUUGUCUACUCAUUUUGGAUGCGUCGAGGGAUGGUGAUGGGGUAGCUAGAGAGAUUGCUAGACGCUGGAUCCUCAAAGAUGCCGUUUCUUCAACAUCAUGGACGGAUGAAGCUAGCUGGGACAGUCGGAUUGUAUAUGGGGAUAGCUCAAGGAAAGGAAAUGCUCGGUUAUAA